CGGCGCAGGGGCUGGGUACGCGCUGGGCGGCGAGAGCCUCAUGGCGGAGGAAGAGAGCGAUCAAGAGGCCGAACGCCUCGGAGAAGAGCUCGUGGCCAUUGUGGAGUCCCCGCCGGGCCCUGUGGGGCUCAGGGCUGCGGACGACGGCACAGAGGACGCCGGCGGCGGCGACGGCUGUGGCGGCGGCGUCGGGAUCAGCAGCCGGGAUUACUGCCGACGCUUCUGUCAGGUGGUUGAAGAUUAUGCUGGACGAUGGCAGGUCCCUUUGCCACAGCUUCAGGUUCUUCAGACUGCACUUUGCUGUUUCACGUCAGCCAGCUCAUCGUUCCCAGAUGAAUGUGAGCACGUACAAUAUGUUUUGAGUAGUCUUGCUGUGAGUUUCUUUGAGUUGCUCCUGUUCUUUGGAAGAGAUGAGUUUUAUGAAGAACCCUUAAAGGAUAUUCUUGGCUCAUUCCAGGAAUGCCAGAAUCACCUCCGCAGAUAUGGAAAUGUGAAUCUGGAACUGGUGACUCGAAUCAUUAGAGAUGGUGGCCCAUGGGAGGAUCCAGUGUUGCAAGCUAUUCUUAAAGCCCAACCGGCAUCUCAGGAGAUAGUGAACAAAUACUUAAGUUCUGAAAAUCCACUGUUCUUUGAACUGCGUGCCAGAUACCUAAUAGCCUGUGAACGCAUCCCUGAAGCAAUGGCUCUUAUUAAAUCUUGUAUAAAUCACCCAGAAAUCGGUAAAGACUUGUACUUCCAUCAAGCACUCUUCACCUGUCUGUUUAUGUCACCUGUAGAAGAUCAGCUGUUCCGGGAGCAUUUAUUGAAAACUGACUGCAAGAGUGGGAUUGAUAUCAUCUGUAACACUGAAAAGGAAGGAAAGACUUUGCUAGCCUUGCAACUCUGUGAAUCCUUUCUUAUUCCACAGCUCCAGAACGGGGACAUGUACUAUAUAUGGGAGUUGAUUUUCAUAUGGAGUAAACUACAGCUUAAAUCUAAUCCUUCAAAACAAGUAUUUGUAGAUCAAUGUUACCAACUUUUAAGAACAGCAACUAAUGUGAGAGUCAUAUUUCCUUUCAUGAAAAUCAUUAAAGAUGAGGUUGAAGAAGAAGGCUUACAAAUUUGUGUUGAAAUAUGUGGUUGUGCCCUUCAGCUUGAUCUUCAUGAUGAUCCUGAAACUAAAUGUCUUAUUUAUAAGACCAUCGCACAUUUUUUGCCAAAUGAUCUAGAAAUCGUCAGGGUUUGUGCUCUGUCUGUAUUUUUUCUUGAGCGUUCCAUAGAGGCCUACCACACUGUUGAAGAGCUUUACAGACGUCCUGAUGAAGAGUAUAGUGAAGGUACAAGUACUGUUCAAAAUCGUGUUCGUUUUGAAUUACUUCCAAUUUUGAAAAAAGGAUUAUUUUUUGAUCCUGAGUUUUGGAACUUUGUAAUGAUUAAGAAAAACUGUGUGGCAUUACUGCGUGAUAAAACAGCAGUGAGACUUCUGAAUGAAAAUACACUGGAAAAUUCUGCAGGUAGUCUAAAAAAGACAGUGGAACAGCAGAGUGUGGAUGAAGGGCUUGACACACUCACUGAUCAGAGCACUGGAGAGACGGAUCUUGAUGAUGUGUCUGGAGUGCCGUCUAAAGGCCAUGUUAAUGCAAAGAGAAGCCUCAGUGCUCUUAAUACUUCCAAAGUGGAUCACAGUGUCCCAAGGCAUCGGUGCAUGUUAUGUAACAAGGAAUUCCUUGGUGGCCACAUUGUAAGACAUGCUCAGGCUCAUCAGAAAAAAGGCAGUUUUUCAUGUGUGAUCUGUGGUAGAAAAUUUAGGAACAGAGGACUUAUGCAGAAGCAUUUAAAGAACCAUGUUAAGAAGAUCCAGAGGCAACAGAUUGCUACAGCACAACAGGAUGAUCCAGAAGUCAUCACUCUGGAAGAAAUAAAUUGUUCUAAAACUUCCAUUUCUUUUGAAAAUGGGAAUUCAAAUACUAAGGGUUUGGAAAUAGAGACAUUGACUGCUUCCACUGAUGGAAACAAAGAGGUCAUCCGUGAACACAUGGCUGAAUUUAUUAAAAUUCCUAUUGGUAUAGCAGAGAAUGCUAUUGAAAAUGGCAAACCAGACACUUCUUUCAAUAAUAUCUCAGAGUCUUUGCCUCAAUGUGAUGAUGACUAUGAAGAGGAAGAGAAUGAAGAUGAUGGUGAAGAUGAUUAUGACCUGAAUCAAGAAACAUCAGUACUUCAUAAAAUCAAUGGAACUGUUUGCCAUCCAAAAGAUGUAUAUGCUACAGACCAAGAAGGUAAUUUCAAGUGCCCUGCUAUUGGCUGUGUAAGGAUAUUUAAAAGAAUUGGAUUUCUAAAUAUGCAUGCAAGGACUGUACAUCCAACUGAUUUAAAUGUGCGGCAAACAGUAAUGAAGUGGAGCAAAGGAAAAUGCAAAUUUUGCCAAAGGCAGUUUGAAGAUUCUCAGCAUUUUAUAGAUCACCUUAAUAGACACAGCUAUCCAAAUGUGUACUUUUGUUUGCAUUUUAAUUGUAAUGAGUCAUUUAAGCUGCCAUUCCAGCUUGCCCAGCAUACAAAAAGUCACCGGAUAUUUCAAGCUCAGUGUAGUUUUCCAGAAUGCCAUGAGCUUUUUGAAGAUCUUCCUCUGUUAUAUGAACACGAAGCCCAGCAUUACUUAAGCAAAACACCAGAAUCAUCUGUACAACUAAGUGAAGCAGUUCUUAAUCAUCAGGAAAUAGACCCUUCUUCUAGUGAUGAGAACCAAACAGUUUAUCAGCCAGUUUCUACUAGUAAAUCAAGGAAAGAUUCUACAGAACCAAAGACAUAUAUAGACACUAUGGAAAAGAAAACAGACAAUUUAUUUCAGAAUGGAAAUGAACAUUCUGAUGAUACUGUUUCAAAUAUAAGCUUGAUAGACCAAAAGAUGCCUGCCAUAGAGCCAAAUCCUGAAAAUAGUCAUAAUACCAGUGACUUAGUCAAUGGACACAGUGAAAUAGAGCAAACACUGUUAGUUGCGUCAGAUCCUUCUCUGAAAUCAGAUGUAAACAGAAACAGGACAGAAAAUGGUUCUGUUUUAACCAAUGUUGUAUCACAAGAACACAGUGCCCUGUCAGUAUCUCAGGCACCAUCUAAACCAAAUCUUUCAAGUGAACAUACUUCAUAUGGCUUAAUUUUAACAAAGCCAUACGUUAGACCUUUGCCUCCCAGUUACCUUGAUGAACGAUACCUUAGUAUGCCAAAACGCAGAAAAUUUCUGACUGAUCGAGUAGAUUCCUGUUCUGAUCAAGAUAACAUAUGUAAAAAGCCAGUGGAAAGAUUACGAUGUGGCAAAUGCCUGACCACCUACUGUAAUGCAGAAGCACUUGAGGCUCACCUUGCACAAAAGAAAUGUCAGACACUCUUUGGAUUUGAUUCAGAUGAUGAAAGUGCCUGAUAAUGUCUCAGAAAGAUCUUUUGAUCAUGCUGUAGUGUAAAACAAACAAACAAAAAACACUACAAGAAAAUGCAUCAUCCAGUUUGCUAUUUCCCUGAUGGCCUUAAUUUUAGAGUGGUCUCGGAUUACUAAAGAAAAGACAAAGCACAUUUUCUGGAAUGAACUUGCAGAGGAGAUGUGCCGGCUAAGACUCCAAAAGGGUUAUAAAACUCCCAAAGUACCAGUUAUCCAUGAAACCACACUUUUUAAAAGUUUAUGGUGAUUAAUAGCAGCAUGUUCAGUUUUGCUUAUGUGAAAACACAUUUGGGUAACUAGUCAGAAAUAAAAACCAGCUAUGGCCUUACUGAAGAAAGGAAAAAGUUGAUUCAUUAUAAUAAGGUGGAGGGGGAGCUGGUUUACAAUAAACAAUGUAAAACAUUCUGAAAAUGGGAUUUGAUUUGUUUUCUUGUCAUGCAUAUUCAUUAUGUCUUCCCUCUGGUCAAGCAUAUUUUAAAGAACCAUUCAUUGCUCUUUAGUUUGUGAUAUAAUUUAGAAGCUGAUACAUAGAAAUGAAGCUUGAUUUAUCACCAUGCUAUCUACUAAAGAUUGUAACUUGUUUUCAAAUGACUAAGUAGGCAGGUCAGAGUUGAGUGAAUGGCAUGCCACAAUUGAAAUAUAAAAAUCCAAACAAAAACAGUGCUUGGUUAAGCUCUUGAUAAGAACAUUCAGCAUACCACUUCUGUAAAGUCAGUUCGUUAUGUUUAAAAUGCAGCAGUGUUAAGUAGAAAAGUAAGAAAAGUGUCAGUUUCUUUGGGAGGAUGCAAGAAUCUAAGUCCAUCACAUGGUAGACAAUUGAAGGAAAACACUGAAUUGAAAAUUCUUGAAUGUGAAUAAUGGUAAAAGCACACUGGGCUAUUUCUAUCUGUACAUAGUAUUAGGACAUUGCUUGAUGAUUCAUAGUAAAGUCCUUUAGACAUUAGUGUGAGUUAUCUAAGUAUGAUCCUAUGAAAACAAUUGGCUUAAAAGUAUGUCUGUUAAGAAUCAGAUGAAGAGUUUACUUUAUUGAGUUAGGAGAAUUAAUUCCAAAGUAAGCCAUACUAAUGUACUUUCUUCAACAGUGAUGAAUUUGGCCUGCAAAAUAAUUUUUGUACUUAAGAAAGUAUUUACACCAAAAUUUGCACAACAGGAACACAUAAGAUAUAUUAAUGCAUUAUUGUCUUUGGUGACCAUUAAUUUUCCAAAGAAAGAUUUUAACUUAUUAUUAAAACAAAUGUUUUACAGGUUAAAAAAAUCCUCUAGAUAUUUUACACCCAUCUACCUACUCUUAUAUCACUGACAACUGAGUGUGUUCCAGUUAUUCCAGCAUGGUUUUAUAUAAAUCAGACAAUCUCAUCACACAUACUACAGAUUUUAGGAACAUUAUGGCUACUUGAAUGAGGUUAUAAAAAUGAGACAUUACUUUUAGGGUGGCAUCCAGACGUUAAAAAUUUUUUUCCAGGAAUGCUAUACCAGAGGAUUUUUAAGUUCUGUAUUUUAUUAUUUACCAUGGGCAUUUGCAACUAUGCAAUGAUGGUCGUUAGUCCAUUCCAAUCAGAUUUAAGUUUGUUUUAGUUUUGUUAUAUAGCCUACAUUAGGCUGUGGAAUUUACAUGCAGAAAAUAGAUAAGUACAACUCAAAAGUUCUAAAUCCAUUAAAUUCAACUCAAACUGUUUUCCAUAUUUCCUGACACUAAAAAAAUGUAAUAAUUGACUUUUAGUUCAUCUUAAAAGUAUAUCUUGUAAUAAAAAUUGUUUGGAAACUGGUUCAUUUGCACAAUGAAGUUUUUUUUGAAACAUAAUUUCUGCUUUGUACAUUUUCCACUUAAUAACAUUUUACCAUUUCUUUACUUUUUACAAACUGUAACCACUGAUAAAUAUAAAUACAUAAAAUGUUAUUUUCAUGAAUUUUGAAGUUUGUGUGAAGAUGUCUUAAACAAAUUCCAUCUGUUAUUUUGACUUUAAGCUUAAUUUAAAGGUUUUCUCUUAUGUUGCUAGGAGAAAUUUUUCAUAUAGAUAAAAAUGGUUCAUAUUUUAAUCAAAUCAAAAUGUCAUGUAACGUUCUGUUUGACCACAUUUUUCUUACCUCUAUAUACUUCUCACUUUUACCUCUUGAAAGAAUGUGUGCAUAAAAUGAUUUUACUCCAAAACACUUUGCUUUUGUGUGAACUUCCAGCAGAUCUCAUUUGGAAUUUAGAAAGGAAGCUUUUGUCUUACUUACACUCUUUUCCAUCUCCUUUCUUUUUUUCUACUUUUAUGUUGAGGAUACAUGGACCAAGUUUCAAAUCUUUGUUUUAAAAUUCUUCUAUGUCAGUGAGGUCAGGAAAAGUGCAUACCUGAACCCUUGCUGCUAGACACAGAAGACGCACGGGAGGGAGUCUCCAUGGACAAGGACACUGGUACUUUGGGCACUAGCCAUAUUCAUUUUUUAAAAACCACCAAUAUAUAAUGAAUACAUAAUUUAUAUCAUUGAUCUUGUGAUUCUUUUCAAAUCACACUGAACGUUUAGCUGUAAUUCCAUGUUUGGUUUAAUGUUGUAUGAAUGAAAAGCCUAAAAGGGAUGAUAGUGUUUAUUUUUUAAUUUAUUUGGUACUGUCAAACACCUUUUCAGAAUGAGCAAAUGCUGCAUAUGCAUUUUGGAAUUGUUAUUAUGUGAAAGAUAUUACAGAUUCAGCAAGAAGGGAAAUUUGUGCUUCCUUGUUGAAUAUUAAAUUAUUUUACUUUGCAUUUUAUAAAAGUACAAAUUAAAACUGAGCCAUUGAACUGCAAUAAAUCAACAAUAGUGUCUCA